GGUACCGGGGGGGCUGGAAGCGGCGACUGGCGGGAUAAGGGGCGUCCAGCAGGCUCCAUCUUUUAUCCGUUUAAGAAGGAAAACCAGUGGCCCCUCGACCUCUUCGUCUCCCUCUCACCCCUGAGCUUCGGCCUUCGCUCGCCGAACCAGACAAUGGCCGUCGCGGCCUCGUCCCUCUCUUCUUCGUUUUCUUCUCUCUCCAUCUCUUCUUCCCCCUCGGACUCCAAAUCCCUCUUCCUGCGAGGGACCUCCCUCCGCGUCUCCCUUCCCCAAACGAAGGCUCCUCUCCUCUCUCUCAAGCGCUCGUCUUCCACGCCCCUUCUCAGGCGCACGCCAAUCGUCUCCGCUGUUGCUUCGGUUGAGGCGCCGGAACUCCAGGCGUACGUCAAGUCCCGCCUACCUGGUGGCUUCGCUGCGCAGCCCAUCUUCGGCACAGGCCGCCGGAAGUGCGCCACCGCCCGCGUCGUCCUUCAGGAAGGGACUGGGAGGUUCAUCAUCAAUUACCGCGAUGCCAAGGAGUAUCUUCAGGGCAAUCCACUGUGGCUGCAAUACAUCAAGGUCCCCUUGUUAACAUUGGGGUAUGAAAGUUCAUAUGAUGUUUUUGUCAAAGCAGGGGGAGGGCUGUCUGGUCAGGCUCAGGCCAUCUCUCUUGGGAUUGCACGUGCCCUGCUCAAGGUGAGUGAAAUCCACAGGAGCCCACUGAGAAAGGAAGGCCUUCUAACGAGAGACUCGAGAGUUGUUGAGAGGAAGAAGGCUGGCUUGAAGAAGGCCAGGAAGCGUCCCCAGUAUUCUAAACGUUGAGGUUUGUUCUUUUGUCAUCCUUCAAAUGGUUUCUGGUCUCAAGCUUCAUUGGGCUUUAGCGGUCAUUACCUAGCAACUUCUCAUCAGGAAAUGUAUCUAAUGCGUUCUUUUUUCCCUUAUUCAAGUUCUAAAUUUCUUGGAUUGUUUUUCCCACCAUUUCUAGUGUUUGCCUUUUGUUUACCGAUGGAUUCGCUUGGGAGAUUGUAAUGCCUUUGUGAGUGUACAUGCUACCAUAUACUCGUAGAGGGAGAGAGAAUUGAGUGGGAGAUGAUGCAAUGGAAUGAAUGCGGUUGACUUCUGGUCUA